ACCGAAUACAGUGAUGAGGGCGCUAAUAAAGGCCAGGGUUACGUUCCCGGGGAAGGGAGAAGCCUGGUGCGUAUUGCCUGGCGCCGCGUGAGUGGCCGUGUGUGGCUGGCAGUGCUGGCAGGCCAGUGUGGGUCUCAGGGUGCUCCCUUGCUCCCAGCUGAGCCUCGCUUUCAGAUGUGGGUGUCGUGAUCCCACCGUAUCUUUGGCUCUUCCGGAGCACACCACAUCCUUCCGGGCGGCUGCUGCACCUCAGCAACCCUCCCCUCCCGUCGCCUGGCCAGAGGGCGCCGCAGUACACUUGUCUUGGCCGCGGAGAUCGCCUCUCACCACAAGGCCAGCACGUCCUGGCGCGGCAGGUACUAAUUGACACCGGAGCUGGGGCGCGGAGGUCCUGCUGCGUGGUGCCUUCGGUGGGAGGAAAUGUUGCGGGAUGGAGGAAGGCAUGCGAGGGAGGCGCGGCUCCCAGCGGGAGAUGAGGGCUGAGUGAGCACGAGGCGCCCUGUUGUCCCACGCUGGACUCAAACACACAGUUACUUGAGCUAUUGAUCUAAAGUAAGGGAGGCAGACUGUACUGGAGGUGCCCGCCGCUCCACAGCCACCGCCGCCGCUGCCCGUGGCACAAGCAUCGGCGUCAGCAGCAGGAAGCAGAGUGCGUGUGCGUGUGGUGUGCGUCUGGAGGAAGCAACCCUUGCUCCCCCCGGUGAAUCCCUUCCUCCCCUCCCCCCGCCGCCCACUGAGCUGUUGCACCACUCGCCACGCAGAUGAGUGGGCUGGCGUGCUAGUGGCGGUGGGCGUGCGGGGACUUAGUGUAGUGAUGGCAGCCCGCAGUGACGGACCACCCAUCGCCCCACGCCCACACUGACGCCAGGCAUGCAGAGUGCCAGCCCCUCGCCUCCCGCACACCUCCGUCCGGCCGCCCACUCCUCCUUACAACACACGGCCAUCGAGGAGGAGAGCGAUGAGGCGGAGCGCGGCGGCCUGGGCGGGGCGGGAGGCAAGAGGCACCACCAGCACCCGGCCGCCUCCUUCCGCGAUGAGCUGGCCAGCCAUGACCCGGGCUACUUCAGGAAGGACUCGCGGCCCCCGAGGAGCGCCCCAGCGGAGACGCGGCAACCCUCGGAGUCCGGUCCGCGGUCACUCCCACACCCAACACCCCUGGCAGCCCUAACACCAGCGGCAGCCUAGACACGAGCAGCACCGCCAGCACUGCCAGGACACCAGACACGCCCAGCCCUGGCGGCUCCAGGCCCUCCGUCAAUGGCCACUCCGGCAGCAGCGAUAAGAGCUGGGGCGACGCGGACGCCAAGACGACAGACAAGAGCCGAGAUGAUAACUUGGCAGACUCAGUUGCGCACCUCGCCAUUUCCCCCGCCAGUCAGGGAGGCUCAGGCGCGUCGGUUGGCGGCGAGACGGCGCCUGCCACAGAGUCCAAGACGGUGGCGAGCGGCGGCGAGGCGCAGAAAGGAGUGGCUGUAAAUCCCGUGGCGCAGCCUACCGCGGAAGUGUCUGCCAAGGAUUCCCUAGACGAGUUCCCCACCACCAUCGCCAUCUCGACGCCCACCAGCAGCGGCUGGAGCAUUACAGAACACAAGCCGAGCCGCAGUGUGUGCGAGGAGCUUCGUAUGUUGUCGAGGGUUAACUCCAUGGUGGAGCGAGGCUCACUGGCCACCAUUCGUGCCAACUCGGUGGAUGAGAAUGGCCCCUGCGUCCCCGCGAAGGGCACCACCGCCCCCGGCCAGGGAGUGGGCAUGCGGCGCGGCACGCAUAUAGCGCGCCUCAUCCAGUCCAAGAGUGUGAACAUGGGCGAGCGGCCAAUCUAUCCCAACGUUCCCUUCUCGCCCUACGGCUCGCCGUGCUCGUCCCCACGGCUGAGGCGGCGGCCCCUCAAGGAGUCCCGCUGCGUCAGCAUUGAGAAAAAUGGCGAGUACGAGCAGCUCAACCAGUACAAGCUGAAGGAGGCCAUUGGACAGGGUUCAUACGGCAUUGUCAAGCUGGCUUACAACACGGAGGAGGAUGCUCACUAUGCGAUGAAAAUCCUGUCCAAGAAGAAGCUGAUGAAGAAACAUGGUUGCUUUGGCCGCUCCUGGACCAUCGGAGCAGAGACAGAGGCCUCUCAGCACGUCCGUUCCCUCAGCCCCCAACACCGCAUGGACAGUUAUUCUCCUCCCACUCACCGAGUGAAGGGACGCCUGCCUCCUCCUAGGGCAUCAGGUGGCCGCCCCAUGGAGAAUCCCCUGGACAGAGUACAUCGAGAGAUAGCAAUCCUGAAGAAGCUGAACCACCCCAAUGUUGUCAAGCUGGUGGAGGUCCUCAAUGAUCCAGCAGAGGAUAACUUCUAUAUGGUAUUUGAGCUUCUGGAGAAGGGUGAGGUGAUGGAGAUCCCAACAGACAUGCCUCUGAGUGAGGACCAGGCGUGGGCGUACUUCAGGGAUGUCCUCCUUGGCAUAGAGUACUUACACUACCAGAAAAUCAUUCACAGAGACAUAAAACCAUCAAACCUUCUCUUGGGGGACAAUGGCCACAUCAAGAUUGCAGACUUUGGUGUGUGCAAUGAAUUUGAUGGAAAGGACGCUUUUCUCACCAACACUGCCGGUACCCCAGCCUUCAUGGCACCUGAAGCUCUAUCCACCUCAAGGCACAAGUACUCUGGAAAAGCAGCAGAUAUUUGGGCAAUGGGCAUUACCCUCUACGCCUUUGUGUAUGGCAAGCUUCCUUUCCACGAUGAUAACAUUGUUGUUCUCUACGACAAGAUCCGAAACUCACCGCUUUCAUUCCCUCCUAUUCCCUUUGUCUCGGAUGAUCUGAAGGACUUGAUCUCUUUGAUGCUGGAGAAGAAUCCUGCUCAUAGAAUAACUUUGCCAGACAUUAAGGAACACCCGUGGGUCACUGCGGGCAAUCAAUAUCUACUGCCAACUGAAGAGGAAAACUGCAUAUUAAUUGAAGUGACUGAUGAGGAAGUCCAGAGUUGUGUGCGUUCAAUCCCCAAGCUGGAGACCCUCAUCCUCAUCAAGUGUAUGCUCAAGAAACACAGCUUCCAGAACCCCUUCAGGAUGAACAUAUUGUACAAAGAACAGUUUGCACGCACAGGACGAUCCCACUCGGCGCCGGGUUCGUAUGAGUUCUACUUGGAAAGGAAGAGGUCGCUCGAUACCUCCCUCCCAGCAGUAGAUGAGAUAGAAGUGGGUGAAGACAGAUGAUAAGGGUAAAGAGGCAGCAGGUAGGAUCCUGACUAACCAUGCAAUAAGGACAAGUAGGUGCACAAAGAAGAGGAAGAUGUGACUGUGGAAGGUUACAGCCUUAGUAAGUCAAUGGCUGCUGUCUUCAGAGGGUAUGCAGAUUUUCUCUAAAAAGAAUUGUUUACAUAAAAGGAAAAUUCAUAUAAAACAGUACAAAAGGAAAAGGCAGUUUUAUUUAGUAUAUUUUGAAAAGUAGUCCAUCUUACUGAAUCAGUGAAAGUGGUGUCAUACUUAGAGUGCAUUGCAAAAGGGAAAUUAUUUAUAUGUUCAGUACUAAGGGAUAUAUCUCAUAAGCACACAAAUGAAAUUCUAAAGACACAGGCAUUAUAGCAAUUUAAUAAAAUACUUUCAUUGACAGAGCUAUAUGUAACCUUUCUUUCUGUAUGUGGUAAAUUUAAUACAUUGUCAACUUUAUAGGUAACUACCUAUGUGUUUUUUUUUUUAACUUCUCUUAGUUCUUGUUUUUUUUUUUUUCCAGAUUUUCUUUCUGUAAUAAAAUUUCACAGAUAUACCAUUUCUAGACCUCAUACAAAAUAAAAGAAUGAUAAUGAAAUGCAUCCCAUAAGUAGAUGAAACUCAAUAAAUACUUGAGUUGUUGAUAUGAUAUACAAAUAAAGUUCCCUAUUCCUGCAAGCACUAACAGUUCUGCAAGAACAUAGCUGUCAUGACAGUGGUGGUGCUACUGAACAAGAAAGGUCUUGGUGUCUUUGAUAUUUUCAUCCUAACUCAUAACUAACAUAACAUAAGGUGUGCCGUACUCAGUCAUGAGCGCUGGCGCAGGGCUGGCAGUGCCACCCUUCCUGGGCCUCGGCACAUGGAGUAGGGUGUAGUCAGACAUGCUACUACCUAAACUACCACACUCCCCAUAACUACCAUCAACAUUUUAAUUCUUGAAGACAAUCAGAUGUUUUAACUCAAAAUUUCAAUGUAAGUCUUAACAAACUGAUGCCUAACCCUUAAAGUUAUGUGUAAUUCUAAGACAAGACUUAAUUGUCUUCAUAUUACAUCAUACGUAUUUACCUUCAGAUUAAUGUCAAAUGCUACCAGUCAUUAUCAGGAGUGUUUGCCCUUAUAAUUGUUAUUUAUUUCUUAUUUUGUAUAUUAAUGAAAAAAAAACAUUCCAAAUGUGAACAGAUGGCCAGAGUAAUAAGAAGAUAAGCUAGGAUGAAUGUAUCAGAGAUGCCUUAGUUUGUUAUAUCAAGGUUGUAGAGCAUACAUAGUAGGUACAAGUCAUCAUAGCAAAGUUGUUUCCACAAAGUAGUGCAGGUGAUGUUCUAUUAGUCCAUGCUAGUACUGUUAGCUCAUGAUGCUUGUGCCAUGUGAGGUGGCUGUGAGCUAAGACUUGUUGAGACAUAAGUACUGCUGCUCAUGUGAUGGUUUAUUUUCCUUAGGAUGUUCAUCAUGCAUAAUUGAAUAUUGCAUUUAUAAUUCUCAUACUAGCUUUUUCAUACAUCAGUAAUUCAGUGAUAUAUAGCUGUAUAUUCAUCAACUCAUUGUAUGUAAUACAAUGUGAGAUUUGAGACAGUCAUUACAGUCUCGUAAUUAUUCUGUGAUUUUCUAAUAAGCCAAUAAAAGUGAGUGGUGCACUAGAAGCAGACAUUACCCAGCCCAGGGAGCAGGCUCUUAACAGCUGAUGUCAGACAACAAACAGAGAUACACAAUAGUAGCAUUUCCCUUAGAGAUGUUUGUACUUUCAGAUUAUCUUGAUUCAGACAUAAAAGAGCAGGUCUUUUUAUCGUUCUCCGUAUCAGUGGCUGGUCGGCAGGUCAGCGGGUCUGGUGUUUAUCACUGGGGAGUGUCCAGUGCUAGUGUGCAUCAAGCUCUUUCUUACCUAUGAACUAAGUUAAUUUUCUAUGCAAUGUAAGUCCUUCAAAGCUAUCCUGCAUCACCUCCCUCUAGGACAUGUAUUAACCAUUGCUCCUGCACAUUUUUUUAUUCAUGUCUGUAUGUAAAUCAGUAGGAUAUAUUUAUCUGAUUUAUCAUCUAAAAAUUUACACUGUUAACAUCAAUAUGGAUUAUGCCACAGCAUAAUUUCUUUUUUUCAUACUUGUUCAAAAUUUUUGACAGUACUGAGUUUGAUACCUGAUAAGAUUAUAAUUAUGCAAUCAUAACUGCAAGUUUUAGCAACAAAGUAAGCUUUAAAAUAAACUAGAUAUUGUUAGAAUAGAGCAGACAUUAAAUAAAAUAGAAAUUAUUUGUUUUUUUAUCAUUUAUGUAAAUACAUACUAUGAAAAAAUAUCUUCCAUCUAAAAUUCAUAUACAGAUUACCUAUGUUAUGUAAAAUAUAAAUUUGAAUAUGCCUGUCAUGCUUCCUCAUUAUAUGUUCAAAGACCUUUAAUACAUUGUACAUUAUGAAAUCUAUAGAAGAAACUGUCCAAAAAAACUUUUCCUUUAAUUAUAUUGUUCAUAAUUAUUAUAAAUAAUGAGUUCUAUAUAUGAUACAUACUCAGAUAUAUGAUAUCUCCACUCAAAGCAUUUCUAGUUCAGACUCAGUUAUGGAAGUCUGAGUCUAGUUAUUAAUUGGUCGAGAUGGAGUGUGGUCCUGUCUUGGGUCAUCAAGGGGAAGUGAUGUCAGAUUGGAAAGUCAUAAAUCUGAGAUGUGUUACUCUUCUUUGUGCUUGUUUCAUUCAUGAAAGCUUUGAAUUUAUAAAUUUGAAUGAUAAUUUUUUAGCACAAAAAAAAAAAAAAAUGCUGCAAGUGCUUCACAAUUGAUAACCAUUUUCAUUUCAAACAGAUCAGUAAUAAUUAUGAGAUAAAAUAUUAGGUUUAGGAACUAAACCUUGGGAAAUGAUUGUCCUUUUCUUGAAAGCUGGUGACAAUGAAGUGGUGCAUAAAUUAGAAAUUAAGGAUAUCAAUUGCAUGAAAUUGAAGCACUUGUGUCCUUGUACAUAAGUGAGAUACUGUCUGCAAGGGUUACUUUAAGUGGAAAUCCUUCUGAUUCAUAAAGCUGUAAUUAGUCUCCUUACUGUGGGUCAGCAGCUGAGGAUUCCACGCAGCAAUACUGAUGACAGGGAAUGGCUCUUUGUAAAUUGCUUCAUCCAAGGAAAUCUGACCAUGAUUAUUGUUUGCCAAUUGUAUAUCUUUAUUUUCAAUAGUGUAUUGUUCCAUGGAUGUCCUGUUGAAAUUUUUGCAGGCAUAUUUUUCUAUGCAAGCUAAUUGUCAUUGUAAGCAGCAUAAUAUUUGUUUAGCAACAAAAUAUAAGCUGGAAUUAUUCUAAAAAAUAUAUACAUAUAAUGUGUGUGUGUGUCUGUGUGUGUACGUGUGUGUGUGUGUGUGUGUGUGUGUGUGUGUGUGUGUGUGUGUGUGUGUGUGUGUGUGUGUGUGUGCGUGUGUGUGUGUGUGUGCGUGCAAAAUGGAGGUCAAAACAUGAAUAUAAUAUACAGGCAGAAUUGAAAUGUGAAGGUCAAAUAUUUCAUUCAGUGUAAUAGUGUGAUCCACAUGAUGAAUUUCCCUAAGUUGUUUGGUCAUAGGUAUCUAUUGCAUGUGCUCUCUAUAGUUUUGCUACAGCUGGUUGCUUGGUGAUAUGCAGAAACUCCCUGCAAACAUAUUUUUGAAUAUAUAAUUAUGUUGCUUAUUCAUUUUUAUUUUCUCUUGUAUUUCUGUGCAUAUAAUGAAUUAUUUCCUACCAACACACUUUAUUCCAGAGUUACAUAAAGUUGUAAUUUGCAUCAGUUGUACUGGUUCCUCCUUCAAUACUCUCAAGCUCAAUGCAUCCACUCAUUACCACUCUACUCUUCACAAUAAUCAAUUUAAUGAAGAGUAAGCUGGAUUUAGAAAUGUGAAAGAAUGUGUGGACUUUUUUUAUUUUUUUUUAUUUAAGGAUGAACAUUAAGAAAAGAAAGCAAAAUGAAGGCAGGCAUAUGCUGCAUUUAUAAAGCUUUAAAUGAUAUUUGAUUAAAUUAACUGGAAUCAGUAUGGAGGGAGAGGGGGGAAGGGUGCAUGGUGGUGUGAAGACCAUUUGAAAAGGUGUAAAAUUAUUAAAGUGACUUUGGAAUUAGGUGAAAACUUCAGAUCAGGCUGAAGAGUGUGUAAUAUCAUAAUGUCUAUCAGAUUUGUCAGAGCAUUGAGAGAGAUGAAAAUAAGACUGGUAAAUUUGGAAUAGGACUGUUUGCAGAUCAGGGAUGGAAUGAAUACAGAAGUUGUGUACAUAUUUGAAUAUGAAUAUUAGUUCUUCAGUUCCUACAAAUAUGAAUAUGAAUGCACUGAAAUAUUGUUAAUUCAAAUAUGAAUGUGUGUACUUCAUGAAAGUAUUCACAAAUGUAUUCAUGAAUACAGAGGCUUAGCAGACCUGAUGCCUUUUGCUUCCUUAUCAAUGCUUGUGAUGCAGCAUGUCUCAUUGUACAUACUUCACACAUACUGCCUGCUAACCAUCAUGUUUUUCUGAAGCAAGGGAAGAGCAGAUACAACUAAUGCCACAUGAAGUUACUGGAACUGAGUUUUAAGAUGCCUAGCAUAAGUUAUCUUAAGUGUUUAAGUUUCAUAUUUUGUUGUAUUGUGUUUUUACUUUAUAGCAAACCUAUUUGAAAGAAAUCAUGUACACAAAAGGGCAGCUAUUUGAAGACUGGUAACAGUUAAUCUUGCUUUUUUCCCUCUUGUUGUUUUUUUUUUUCCCAUUGAUAUGGAAACACACUAUUCAGUCCCACAUGACAAGCACACAGUUACGUUCUUGUUAUCUCAUCGCUGACACUUUAUUGCAUAUACAUUUUAUUAUUCUUUUUACAUUAAUGUGAUUUCAUUCCAAACAUUCAGUCUCAAACAGACUGACUGUCCCCUCAAGCUCCAGUAUCACUGCUUUCUUUCAAGAUUUGAUUCCCACCACAGGUCUCAUGAGAAUGAAUGUUUGAAUUGGAAUUUAGACAAAAAAUAGUAUUGUCUUAUGUAUAGUAAAAUAUAUAGAAAAUAAAAAAAUAAAAUAAAAUAAGAAGUCCAAGUAACCAGCACUUUCUGUCUGGCAUAAUCUAGACUUUAGGAGCCAGGCAGCAAGACUUUCACUCUAUGCCACAUGGCAGGUGUUGUGUUAUGUACAUAUUUUUCAUAACAUUGUAUAACUAGUCUUGCUGUUGUUGCAACUAUUGACUCUAUUAACAAUUGUAUAAAGACUUCACAUUUUAAAUAUAAAAAAAAAAAUUUAC